AUGCCUGUGAAGCCCCUCUCCUUGCUCCGCUUACCGGAGCCUUGGAAGACGGCCUACACAAACGAUGAGCAUCUGCGACUUUUCAACAAAUGUCACAACGAUCCACGUGUGGCUCAAGCGUGGCAAGAAACAGGGACGCUGGAUGACUGCCGUGAAUAUUUGCGGCAAAUGCACGAGGACUCCCACCAAAUCGCCGUCCUUGCUGAGGUCGAUGAUACGUUCUUCUCGUACCACGAGUUCUACUGGACCAAGCUAUACGGCCCGCGCACGGAGAAUGUGACAGGAGAACAUAAGUGGACAAAGGGGGCAUUCUCGACGUAUAACCAUGCGAUCGCGUUGAACUUCUCGAAAUUGAUCGACUUGGCUCACAAGCGGUCCGGCCUGAGCUUUGGGAGUAGGGAGAAAUUCUUCCAAGUGGCACUCGUGCGCUUUGACGGAUAG